AUGGACUCUGAUUCCGAGUCUUCAUGGGAUUCCUUGGACAGUGAUGACGAGUUUGAUUCGGACAUCUCCAGAAAGUUCGACUAUCUCUGCGAACGGUUGAGGGAAUCGGGCAUGGUCUCAUCCUCCCGCACAUAUGCGGAUGCACCGAACCCUGCCCUCGAGAUCAAAGAUUUGGGCCUGAUUGGUCUGCCCCUCAGUGCUCGUGAUGCGGCCGCGUUACAAGGGUAUGGAACAAGUUUCGACCGUAGAGUGCCCAACGGCCCUUUUCGCCCGCCAAUCCCCGUAGUGGGCGGCCCCUGUAUAAACCGGAGGGUUGACGAACGCCAGAUCACAUUUCACCACACGGGUUGGGCGAAGUUCAUCGAGAAAGCCUCUCAAGACGCGCGGAUGGCACUAGGCAUCCAAGCUGAGAUUCGUUGUCAUCUCGCCCGGUUCAUAGUUCAAGCACGCCCAAAAAACGUUCGGUACCGCGUCGAUACGCCCUCCCUUGCCCGUUGCACAGACCGUCAUCUCGUAGGGACUAUGGCCGUUAUCCCGUGCUCGCAUUACGCUGGAGGGGACGUAACAGUAUCCCAUGAUGCCGGCACGACUCGCUACACUCCAGGCGCGCAUGACACGUUCGCCACCACCUGUAUCGUUUGGCGGUCUGACGCAGCCCUCAAGCUCGGGUCACUUGCGCACGGCUCUCGUAUCAUAUUCCUCUUCGCCAUCACAAGCGCGGUCCAUCCCUCUGAAGGAGCACUGCUUCCUGUCGACAACGAGAAUUUGUCUCGACUCGGGCGAUGCUUCUCGGAUUUGUCGUACUCUCUAGAACAUCUAGGCGACCCCGAAAAGAUCGUCCACAUCCUCAAAGACAAACACUCUCGCGUCAACCUCCGCACCGACGCCCUUCGCGGAGAAGACGCCCGUGUUGUUGCCAUAAUUGCCGAACAUGCCUCGUUGCAUGGGCUCCAUUUCGGGCUUGCAAGUGUAGCUGGCUCUGUGACUGAGACGGGAUAUGAGGUACCGGAACGAAAGGCCUCGCGAUAUGGGAAGCUACGCUAUUACGUCCAGGAUUACUACAACGAUUACACAUGGGUUUAUAUGGAGAACUUGGUGAGCCCUGCUGGACAGCUCUUGAUCGGCGACAUCUCCUCGGAGGAUCCGCACUGGGGUCAGAAGAUGUCUUUGUCCGGUGCUCUUCGCGACGAGGUAUUGGAGGGCAUGUCGGGACAUGACGAAGAAGAACUUGAACAUGAUGGUGACUCAGUCAAAAUAAAACGAAGCAAGACGGCCUUAGUCGUCUGGCAGCCUGGGGGAGCAUUCCAGCGGAGCUUAGCCAGCCGCGCCGAUGGCAAACCACUCUCCGAGUCUCGGUCUACCGCCCUGCGAGUGGAGCGCCAGGCUAUCUUAGACGAGGAGGACCAGAAAUCCGAUGAACUGGAACUGGUGGAUUGGCCACCCAGCCCGUCGCCUUCGGAGCCUGCCAUCGACGGCGUUGUUGGAUCUACAGCGAAGUUUGCGGCUCCUGCGGCCGGAGCAACCCCCAUGCUAGUCGUCACGGUCAAACGGCAGCGUUCCAUAUCUCCUCUCCCCUCCACUCUGGACGUAGUUGAUGUAGAGGGGCAAGGGAGACGGCCUGUCAAACGGGAGAGGUCGUGGUCCGUUGCGAUCAAAUCCGAGGAGAUGGUUGUAGACUGGCCUUAG